AUGAUCUCUGCCCCCACCGGCGGCCCCCUCCCCCCCUUCCCUCUCCCGCCGCCCCUGCCGGUUCUUCACGGCCGACCGGAUUUCUCCGAGCUCCGAAGCCCAGUCCGCCGAAGCAGGGAGCCCCGCAGGGGGGAAAGCAGAAAAGUGAGAGCAACCCAAUCAGGGAGAUGGAGCUGUUCAUCUGCUUCCAUGGCGUGUCCAUGUGGGCCCGAGAAGGUGGCUGUCGGCAACCUGAUCUUUGCCACUUUUCUCAGGAUUGACUUUCUGAGAUCCAAACAUGGUCGGAGAUUCACAGUAAUAUCUCAAGGUUUCUUUUUUAAUCCUUGCCUUUGAAGAACAGAUAAAAAGUCCUCUAUAAAUUUUGCAUCAAACAGAUGAAAUUGUAAGAUUUCCUGCGGUGAUUCAAACAUAUAGAUCGAUGUGGAUCUCGAAUUCCCUCCCCGAAAAUUUAUCAUGAACAUGAACGAAGCCUACUCGCACCAGAAGCAGCUGAAAAACCAGGCGGAGUGGCGGAUCACACCGUUCUGCCACGCGCCAACGGUGGUGGUAAAGAAAGCCGACAAUGGGGGAAAGAUGGAGGAUUAUACCCCGCCCAUCAGUCCGCGCUGUCAUGAACCAUUCGUGUUGGGUCUCAUGGCGUCCCUAGCAGAGCUCAGGCUCUCGCCGCGGCGGUCCAAGAUCCUUUGUCACCUCGUCGAGCCGCCUUGGAGCGCAAAGCGGACCCGGAAAAGGGGAACCUCCCCUGCCGCCGACACCGUCCCCAUUCUCGCUUUCCCACCCAAAAAUAGUGAGGGAGGAUUGCUGCGGAGACGGGCGGGCGCAGUCUCAUCUUCCCCACCGCCAUCCCGUAGCUCCGCUCGUCGCCUCCGAACGGCCCCUCAUAUCCGCUUUGAAUGCCGGAGCACCUGGAGGAGUAGGCGGCGGACGAUCCUCCUUUCCUCCUCUUCCAUCCGCCGUCAUCAAUGGCCACGCGUGUAAGGAUCUCAUGCCAUCCAUGGUCUAGGAGGCGAUUACUCAAAAUUACUGGUUUUUGCAGGAACGGGGCGAGGAAGAGGGAGAGGAAGCCGCCGCCGUCGUUUCUUCUUCUUCCCAAGUACACUCCCAUUCUUCCCUCCUCUUCCUCCUCGCAGGGUUUUAUCAUCUCUGAUUUCUCGUGAACGAGCAGGUUUCCCGGCUGCUGCCAGAGGAUCUCGCCGGAGUGAGCACGGCGCUGGCGUUCGAGAAAUGGGUAGCGCUGGUCCGUAAGCGCAGCGGCACCUACCGCUCCUCCGGUUUCCCCCACCGCCACCCUAAGCUAGAUCCCCGGACCCCCUUCGGCAACCUCCAGUUCGCCGCCAGCUCGUUCCCCGCGCCUGCUUCGCCCUCCGUCGGCCUUGACCACCACGACCUGCAGCAGUACGUAUCUUUCCUUCUUCCAGAAUUCGUCCCCGCAUCUUGGAUCAUCCAUCUUCUCUCUCGGCAGCCGGCAUUCAUGGUUCGAAAUCAAACUACCGUCAUUUUCUUGGAUUCCACAAGAAUACAGAUCGCCUCCACGGUAACGGAGGCAUUACGGAAUCAAACCCAAAUCCCUAAUUUCUGUAAAAAUCGACGCAGUAACCCUGGAAAUUAUCUCAUUUAUGUAUCUCUUAUGUUCUUCAUCUUUUCGUCUUCGAUUUUGUCAACGCCCAGGGAAAUUCUUGCGGAUUUUUUUCCCCUCCUGAUUGCAUGACCUCAAAUCGAACAGCGAAAGAACUAGUGAUUAUGGAGACCAUGGUUUCGAUCCAAUGAGAGCGAAUUAUAAAUUCAUAGGCAUCAUAUUUCUUGAUUGAAAAAGUUAGUGAUCGAGAGAUAUAUCUGGCUUCUUCUGGGUUUUAUGAUGUAAAUUUCUCAUGAAAAAGGGAUCAAAGCAUAGUCUUAGCGUCGAUAUUUAAUCGCUGGUGGCGUGGGAUUCGUUUCUUCAGGGAAGGAGAAUCCGACGUCAGUUCUGUAAAUUCCGAGCAAGCUCCAGAGACCAGCCUGUGGGAGCGGCUCGGCAACGCCGCCACAUUGGACAUUGAAUCCGUUGACUUUCCCUGGGGGGCGCUCUCGUCUCUCCAUCACACGGAGCACACGAGCAGUUCCGAGCAGUCCGAGGAUGAAAUGAAUCGAGCUCUAGAGGUACCUCACCCGGAGAUCCUGAUGAUAUGAAACAAAAGAACGAGCAAGUCUGCCUCUCAGAUCUGACCAUGCUCAUGCUCGCGAUUGGGGUUGACUUUCUGUCACGCUUCCUUCAUUUUUAUUUUUAUUUUUGUUUUCCGGGUUGAGGCAGGUGACUGUGAAUUCUGGCGGCGUGGUGUUCUUCGCUCUGUUUGGUUCUCCGGAACCUGACGACGCGCCGGCGAGAGAAAGGGCGGCGGUCAUAAAGAUCACAUCUUCUCGGAUGGCCACCCAAUCCGAGCGGCUCGGCUAUGAGUUUGCGAAGCGGCUGGGAGUUCAGACGCCGCAGGUUUGUGAGCUUCCACCCCCACCCUUGAUAUCUCCCGUGGGGAGAAGAUCGUCUGAUUCUCCCCAUGAAUCCAGACGAGAAUCAUCCACAAUUCGAGCUCCGAAUGGCAAAGAAUCAAAGAUGCGGCCGAUAAAGCAAGAGGCAUGACAACUUCGGUGUCCGAUGAUGCUGGGGAAAUUACUUGCUCCGAAUUGGUGGAAGCUCUUGAAUUGAGCCGGUGCCUUCUCCUCAUGAAGUAAAUCACCCCCGUAUAUAGAAGUAUCUCAGUUGACUUAUGCUCAUCUUCUUUCCCAUAUAUAGUAACAUCACAGUCGUCGUUUGCUUAUCUUUCUCCGUAUUUGGUAGAACCCUAGUCGAUCGAUCUUUUUUUUUUUCCAUAUUAAGUACUUCCUUCUGUCAUUUUCUGCAGCUAUGUUCAUGGCUCUCCUCUGCUAGAAAGCUCGAAUGCGUUUAGUUCCCGCCAGGCUGCUGAACAGACUGCUGCAGCGCUCGGGAGGGUGUUGCUGUUGGACCUCGUCAUCAGGAACGAGGACAGGCUCCCAUGUCGCCAGCUCGGAUGGCGUGGGAAUCCUGCGAAUUUGCUAUUUUCGGACAAAUCGGCGAUCUCCAAGAAUGUGGGUGCGGCGGAGGAACUCUUUGACCGGGAGCAUGGUGGGUGCUGUCAGAGGGCGAUCAGGAACCUCCAGAAAGACAGGAGAGCGAAUUCCGCAGACAACAGAGUCUGCUCUGAUCCGCCAGGCGAUGUCAAGUCCCCAAAGAAGAUGAGGAAUAAAGGAACAGAUUCAGCAACGAAGAGCUGCGGUUUUCAGGUGGUGGCCAUCGACUCUGGCGUCCCUCGCCGGCCGCCGGCCGGAAAACGGGCCAAAGAUCAAGCGUAUUACCCGAAGCUGGUGGAGCUCCUGCUCAACAGCGCGGAGUAUUCCUCCAACCUCCUGUUCGAGCUCAGCGGAGGGAGACUGGGGCUGCCCUCCGCCGACGACGAUGGUUCGACGAACUGUUCUUCUUCGCGAUCCGCAUCCGAGGUUGCAGCGGUCGUCAAUGGCUUCCGCGGAGGAUUCAGAGCAGCUCUUCGAGACCUUCAAGGGUUCCACCUGUUUCUCCUGACUCUGUAUCAGAAACUGGACGUCCUCCUGCGCGCGUUUCUAACCCUAAACAGUAAAUGCUCCGGGGAGACCGAGAGAGAAGAUCAUGGGACUCCCGAGCUUCCGGUCCACGCUGCUGGGUGGAACUCGAGCUCUUCUUCCAUUUCUGGUGGCGAUCGGAAUGCAGUCGAGGUCCCUGGGGAUACGACCGACUCCGAGUUGCAGAGGGCCACUCCCAAGUCUUCAUCUCCAGGAAGCCGGUGGAGCUUCGACUUCGCUUCUCCCCUCUCGAGAGAAAACUGGGGCGGACGAUAUUUCAGAGGAAAUGGAGAGCCUCGCAGCCUCCGCUUGACCAUGAAACUCCGUGACUUCAACAAGUUCGCUAAGGUCUGAACAAUCUUCAUUCUCUCGAUUCAUGCUCCUCCUGAUGCUAGGGUUUGUCUCUAGGUAGAUGCGGAACUGAGCAAGGAGAUGGAGCAGUGGAACGAGACGUUCAGAACCGAGGUCAUCAGGCUGUGCCAGGAAAACUACUUCAACACCGGAUUCUUCGAAGGAGGCGACGGCAAUUUCGUCGUCGAUGCGUAUGAACUGAAGGUGGCGACCUCGAUCCAUCGAUCAAUCUCGCCCUGUGUGUUCUCUCUCUGGACAGAGAAAAUCAAAUGGGCUUCAAACCUUCGCAGGUCAGGCUGGAACACAUUCUUGAGAGGACCGCCCUGAUUUCCGAUGCGGCGAACACAGAAAAGCCAUCGUCGAUCACUUCCAGCAUGUUCAUCGGUGGAGCCCUCGCGGCGAGAUCAGUCUACACCCUGCAGUACCUGGGCAUCUCUCACAUUCUCUGCCUCUGUUCGAAUGAAAUUGGGCAAUCCGACUCUCAGUAUCCUGAUAAUUUCGAGUACAAGAACUUCUCGGUACGAUCUCUCCUCAUCUUGUAAUCCGGUAAAAAAAAACAACCUAACGAAUGAACGAACGAGCGAUCAUCACCGAGGACCUUGUGCAUGCAGAUAAGCGACAACGAUGAUGAGGACAUCAGUGGCCUCUUCGAGGAGGCCUUCGACUUCAUCGACGGCAUCGAGCAGAAGGGCGGAAAGGUUCUGGUUCACUGCUUCGAAGGACGUAGCCGGAGCGCGACCGUGGUGCUCGCCUACAUGAUGCAGAGAAAGUAAGAACAUCCCCUCUAAGAGAGAAGAGAGAGAGAGGGGAAAGUUAUCUCCGAAGUGCUCGACUCGCUCACACCCGCCGUUUUUAUCUCCGAGGUUAUCGCCGUCUUCUCUGUUUUUUGCAGGAACAUGACGCUCCUGGAUGCCUGGGAUCUGCUGAAGAAAGUGCACCGGAGAGCCCAGCCCAACGACGGCUUCGCCCGAAUCCUCGUGGAGGUGGACAGGAAGGUCCACGGGGUGGUCUCCAUGCAGUGGCAGCACCGGAGGCCAACGAUGAAGGUGUGCCCGAUCUGCGGGAAGAACGCCGGCCUGAGCAGCAGCUCGCUGAAGCUGCACCUGCAGAAGGCCCACCGGAGCAUAUCCUCCGGCAGCGUGGACAGCGCGAUGACCAUGGAGAUCCAAAGGGCCCUCCACGGCCUCAGGGUCGGCCGCGACGGAUUUCGCUAG